CAGAAAUAUUUUUUAAUUUUACUAACCACAUGCAUGAACAAAGAAAAAUACAAAAAUACUGAAUUCAAGAAUAAUAACAAAUUUCCUAGCUCAAUUGAGAAACUAAAUGCGUACAUAGCGUGCCAUGAAAAAAAUUAUGGAAAAAUUAGAAUGAGAGACUAUUCCUCUAAUAGAAACGAAAAGUUGUCAGCAGCCUUGCAGAAUUUAAAAAUUGCAAUCGAGAAAGAUAGAAUCAGAAAAGAAGAAGCAUUUGAGAAUCUGAAUUCUUCAAAUAAAAUUAUGAAAAAGGCAAUUCUGAAAAUGAGAGAAGAAGUGAAAUCAUCCAGAAAUAAUAUUUGUGAAUUUCAAAAACUUGAUGAUUUAAAUACAGAAAGGCUUCUACAAGUUGAUCCAUUACAAUAUCUAGAAACUAAAAGAUAGUAUUUUGUAAACUUCAUUACUUUAUAAAAAUAU